AGGAAUAUGGCUGCCCCACGAACAAAUCCACAAGAUCCUAUUUUGGGUCCCCCUGAAGAAAGCCUAGAAGGGAGCUAUGAUGCUAAGACUGCUGUCACGGGAAUGCGUAACAGAUACAGUAGUAUCGAACAAGGCAGAAGAGGACAGGACAUUUUUGAAGAGGACUAUGUCAUGCUACAGAAACCGGAGAAUGAAAUUGAGGCUCAACGUAUGGCAAACAAUUAUCUGUUUGGUUUUAAGAAGUGGAAGAGCCAUGUGACAUCACGCCCCCUAGAGGACAGAUCUGAGAUUGUAAAGUCACUCUACAAAGAGGAGUCCCCAGCUCUAGGAAGAGUUAGUUUGUUCAAGCCUGGUAACUUUGUAUAUGUGGUGCUGUUUGGCUGGUGGGUGGCUCUGAUUUACCUUCUACUUGCUCUCAUCAUGGGGCUUACUAUAAUAGGACGUCAGUAUACAUUUUUCUGUCUCAAAUUAGCAAAAUAUUUCAUCUGGCCAUUUGGAAAGUUCAUCCACAAAAAAGCUUCUGAUGUUAUCCUUCAAGAUGAUAUGUCUCCCAAUGGAAGAGUUAGGAGGGAUGCCACCAUGGAGGAGAGAAGGUAUGAAAGUUUCACACACUCUCCCGAGGAGUCCACCACUCUUUUGUCUGACAAUAAAGGAAUAGAGAGGACUAGAAGCUCAAAUGAUCCCAUGGCACAUAGAAUUUCAGCAUAUUGGAAACGUCCCAGUACCUAUGUAUGGCUGAUACUAGGGUUUCCCAUAGCUGUCAUUGUACACUGUUUGGUGUGUUUCCUUAGUUGGUUGACGGUCAUCUUUAUUCCCAUAUCAAAGAUAAAUGCAAAAACAAUUAGACGGAUCUUGCUGUUGCCCCCAGAUGUCAUGGAGAUAGACUCAGCUGACAUGAAUGUUAGGCAGCCCCAGGGAGAGAUUAUUAUGUUUACAACCAAUGCAGCAAAUCUCUAUUUUUACAAAUACACAGUGGAUGGAAUGAAUGUUAUCUUAGUUAGCUAUCUGGAUCCUGACAACACCUACACCUCUGACAUCACAAAGUUCGUCCUUGCCCUACUAGCAAUUAUACCCUUAGCCUACUAUAUUGGUAUGGCCAUAGCUAGUAUUUCGGCGCAGAGCAACUUUGCAGUGGGUGCAGUACUAAAUGCAACAUUUGGAUCUGUGGUGGAGAUAACCCUUUAUAUAACAUCCCUUUUAAAGGGAAUUGAGAAGAAAACAAGCUGUUAUUCUGAGCUUGUCAAAUCUGCAUUGACAGGAACUCUAUUGGCUACCAUGCUGUUGAUUCCUGGCAUAUGUAUGGUGCUGGGAGGUAUCAAGUACAGGGUGCAGAGGUUUAAUCCAAGAUCCCAGGGUGUUAGUUCAUCUCUACUGUUUGUUUCAGUAGCAGGAGCAUUUGCGCCAUCUAUAUUCUCGAAAGCAUAUGGUACGCUGGAAUGUGCUAAAUGUGUCAAUUCAUCAACAAUGGCAACCAUUAACUCGACAGAAAACAUCACAUGGGGAUUACAGUGUACUGACUGCUACAAUUCUGUGUUUGGUAUUAGCGGAGACAAAACUAUAUACAACACUCACAUAAGACCGCUGGUCUACACAUGUGCUAUGUUGCUUCCCCUGGCUUACAUUGUGGGACUGGUUUUCUCCCUGAAGACACACAGGAGCCAUAUAUAUGACACCUUCAAGUCUGAUGCUGUGGAAGGUCCAGGUCAUGGGGUCCAUUGGGGUCGUAUAAAGAGUGCUAUAAUCCUUCUCGUGUCUACUGUUCUGAUGUCCCUUGCAGCUGACCUGGUCACUGAACAUAUUCACCCGUUGUUACAAACUUCUGGUGUCUCAAUCUAUUUCUUUGGGGUGACUCUACUUGCACUUGUUCCUGACAUUCCUGAGAUUGUUAAUGGGAUCCAAUUUGCAUUACAGAACAAUAUUUCCCUCAGUAUUGAAGUAGCCAACUGUAUUGCAGUCCAAGUGUGUCUCCUACAGAUCCCUAUCUUAGUACUGGCAAAUGUAAUAAAAGAUUUAGGGCUGAUCCUUGUGUUUACAGACAUUCAUCUCUGGUCUGUUAUAUUUGCUGUCAUUAUGAUGAAUUAUGUCUUUCAAGAUGGAAAAUCAAACUAUUUCCAAGGUACAGCCCUUGUGUUGGUCUACCUAGCCUUGAUUGCUAUGUAUUUCUUUGCGCCAAACCCAAGAGGAGCCGAAUGUUAGAUCUUCCAAUAUGUCCAUAUCCUUAAAGACAAAUACAGUGAAUAGAUGUCUUUUAAACCUAGAUUUGAAAUAGUUCAGUUUAACUGUGUGCUGGGUACAUACAAGUUUAUUUACUGUCUCUAUUGAUGUACAUAACUAUGUGCAGUACAUAAAUGCUUACAAUGCGUAUUGAAAUUGUAGUACAGUAUUUACUAAAUAUGGUGAAAGUUUGCAUAAGGAAAUAUACUACUAGAGGGCUAGCACAGAAGGAUAUUGAUGGACCCUAGUAUUCAUAACGAUUCAUUCAGUGCCUGAACUUUUUACAGUAUAAGUGAAACUGUGGUGAAAGUUGACUUUUUGGUCAAGAAAACAGCUAGGGCUGUCACAGAAUUGAGACCUGAACUUUGAAGAAAUCUACUCUUUCUUGAAAAGGUCCGCCUUUCGCACCAGAAAAAAUGGUCCACUGAGUUAAUGGAUGACUCAAGUAAGAAUUUGCUAUUCAGAAAUACAAGGAGUCGUGAUUCAAACAGUGAAUUUCAUAUGAGAAGUAAAUGUAAAAAAGUUUGAUAGAAAGAAACAUUUUUAGCCACCCUGGAAAAUGCCUUGGUCCAGAGGGCAGAUAUAUUACCCAAGGAGUAUAAUCCUAAUAUCAAACUGGUAUAUAUGGAAUAGCCUUCAUCUUAAAUACA